AUGGCAGGGCAUGCCCCACAACACUACGAUAUUCUGCAGAACGACAAAUAUGGACGAUAUUUAGUGGCUAACAAGAAUAUAGACAGUGGAGAGUUGAUUUUUACAGACACACCGUUUGCUUUUGGGCCCAAACCAGACACUUGUCCGAUAUGUCUUGGUUGCUACGCCGCUGUAGAAGGACGACUGUGCUCGAAGUGUGGAUGGCCGAUAUGCAGCAAAGAGUGCGAGUCUGCGCCUGCGCACGUAGGCGAAUGCGACGUUUUCAGGGCCGCAAACGUUCGAUUCCAGCCCACCGACGACUGGACGGCAGCUUCGCCGCAGCUUGAUUGCAUCACACCUUUGAGAUUACUUUUGGCGAAAGAAAAGAACCCCGAGCGAUGGCAGCGAGAGGUGUCAACGAUGGAAACUCACACAGAAGCUCGCAAGCAGCGACCAUCUUGGGCUGCCGACCAAAUAAAUGUGGUAGACUUUCUCAUUGACCAUUGCAAGCUCGGCAACCGAUUCGACAAAGAACUGGUGCAGAGCGUCUGUGGAAUCCUUGAGGUUAAUUCCGUAGAAAUUCCUUCGAGGGGAGGAUUCAGCAUAAGGGCUAUUUAUCCACAGCUGGCUAUCGCAGCGCAUAGUUGCGUACCUAAUAUUGUGCACUCUAUCCUGCAAAGCAACUACCAAGUACAAGUGAGAGCAGCGGUCUCUAUUAAGUCUGGAGAUAUGUUGCACUUAUGCUAUACUUAUGCAUUGUCACCGACUAUAGUGCGACAGGAUUUUCUAUUUGAUUCUAAAUUCUUUAAGUGCGAAUGCGCUCGUUGUGCUGAUCCGACCGAAUUAGGCACGCAUCUUAGCACCCUUAAAUGUCAAAAGUGCGAUAAUGGUGUAGUAAUGGCUGUAAAUCCCCUGGAUGGUGAAACAAAGUGGAUGUGUACGGAAAAACAGUGCGCGUUCAAAACGUCGACAACGGCAAUGCGUAAAAUGUUAGCAGUAGUGCAGGCGGAUAUCGACCAGCUCGACGCCCUGGAGCCCGGUCCGCAGGCUAUCGAGCAGAGAGAGGCCACUUUAAAUAAGUUCAAGUCGGUAUUCCAUCCGCGGCAUUCGUUGCUUCUUUCCAUCAAGCAUUCGCUGGCGCAACUCUACGGGCGCGUGGAAGGUUAUGAAAUUGACGAGUUACCUGAUAUAGUACUUGAGCGUAAGGCAGAAUUUUGUCGCCUCGUGCUCAACACACUGGAUAUAGUUAUGCCUGGAGAAUCACGUAUGAGAGGUAUGAUGCUGUACGAGCUACAUGCACCGUUGAUGUUUUUGGCAAGAAGCGAAUUCAGUGCAGGCCUUAUAACUCAGGAAAAAUUAAAAGACCGUCUGCAAGAACCUAUUAAUUGCUUAGCAGAUGCAGCACGAAUACUAUCACGGGAAGACCCUCAGAGUCCUGAAGGCAUUACAGGGCAAAUUGCCUUCCAGUCUAUGGAACAACUAAAAGCCAGUAUUGAAUCUUUAUAG